GCAGAUGAAGAACAAGCUGUAAAAUGGCAACCAGAAAAGAGAUGUGCGAUCUCACCAAUGAACUGACCUGCUCCAUCUGCCUGGAGAUGUUCACCGACCCAGUAUUUCUGGAAUGUGAGCAUCAUUACUGUAGGUCGUGCAUCUCCCAGAGCUGGGAGAAGGUAAUAGGAGAUGUUUCCUGCCCUGAGUGUCGGCAGGUCUUCAGUCAGAGGAACAUCAGGCCAGCCCGGACCCUGGCCAGCAUUGUGGAGAAGUUCAGAGAGCUGAAGGCAAAGGUUACAGAGCAAGAGGAAGGGGCUUACUGUAAGGAACAUGAGGAGAAGCUGAAACUGUUCUGUGAAGUGGAGAAGGAAAUGAUCUGUGUGGACUGCUGGAAUUCAGACCAUAAAAUGCAUGAUGUGACUAUUUUAAAAGAAGCUGCCCAGAGAAACAAGGAAGAACUCCAAACAUAUUUGGAUUGGUUGGAUUGUGAAGUUAAGAACGUAACUGAAAAUAAAGAGAGACAAGAGGCAAAAAUGGAACAACUAAAGGUACAAUCAGACCAGCUGAUGGACACAAUUCAAAAAGAGUUUGAGAAGAUGCACAACUUCUUGAAUGAGCAAGAAGAGAUCAUGAGAAUCGAACUGAGACAAGAGGCGGACAAUAUGUUAAAGAGAUUGGAAGAGUACGUUGGAGCGCUUAACGAUAGAGUCUCGACCAAUGAGCAGCUCAUCUCAGAGUUACAAACACAACUAAAAGUAACUGACGCUGCAGAGUUUCUCAAGGAUGUUAAGGGCUUUCUCGCCAGAUAUGAAGACCGAGCCGAGCUGCCAGAAGAGACGGAUGUUGAAAUGACCAUGGAAAUCUUCGGCGAGCCCUUCCAAUUUUUCAGAGUUUGGAAGGGAAUGAGGAGAAUAAUCGAGCCAGUUCCAGAGUCUCUCACCUUGGACCCAAAUACGGCAAAUAAUCAACUCGUCAUUUCCGAGGAUCUGAGGAGUGUGGGGCACAGCAAUGAAGAGCAGGAUGAAGAGGAAGAUCUUCCUGACCCACCGGAACGAUUUGAUGAAUACUUGUAUGUUUUGAGCUCGCAGGGUUUCACGUCAGGGAUUCACUACUGGGAGGUAGAUCUCAGAAACAAGGUCCAGUGGGUUAUAGGUGUCUGUGGAGAGUCUUCCAGGAGGAAGGGAGCCUUCCUACCUUUAACCACAGAAGGAUACUGGGUUGUGAGUUUGUUUAAUGAGAAUGAUUACAGAGCAUCAACUGUGGAAAGUACCACCGUUCCUGUUAAAGUGAAGCCUUGGAAGCUGGGCAUUUACCUGGACUAUGAGGGAGGAGAGCUGACAUUUUACAAUGCGGAUAACAUGUCUCACCUGUACACUUUCAUUGACACAUUCAUCGAGAAACUCUUUCCCAUCUUCAGUCCCUGUAAUAACCUAACUGGUAAAAAUGGUGAAUCACUCACACUGCUCACUGGUUAACAAAUGUCUGCUUUACUCCCUUCUGUGUACAGAGGGGAAAACUUGGGGUUGCUGGGAAAGAUGGAAUUGCAUCAGUUACCCCAUUCUACUCUCUUAAAAAUUAAAUCAAUCAGGUGGGGCACUAUAACAGAGUCAAAAUCAAAUAGUCAAUAGAAACAUUCAGAACUAGAAUGAAGACUUAUCAAAAUGUUGCUAUUCGGGGUGAUGAUACACCGCAGCCUCUGUAGUGCCCAUUGGUCUUGAAAGGCCUCUCUUGUGCCAGUGGGCACUGCCUGGGCCUGCUGCUGUCCACCUUGGCCAGCCUUUAUUGCUUUGAUGCAAAUGAUUGGCUCUGUUGGCAGUUAUCCAACCUACACUCUGUCCAAUCGAUAUUCGAUCUCAUUGACUCCAAUAGCAAUAUCUGGAGCUGAAUUUUCAGUUGAAGUUGGGACCAGUUUGAAGGUGGUUUGGGCUCAUAAUGUGGUAGCACUACAAUCCUGUUCACGGGUAUUUCCAAAGAGGCCGGGUCGAAGGUCAGGGUUGGAUGGUGGCUGUUGCCAAGUUGCAGGUAGUCAGCCAUCUGCAAACCAAUGUGCUUCAGGGGCCAAUUGAGACCUGGUUCCCACACCAACAGGGAUAUCCAAUUGGCAUUGUAGGCAGCCCACAGGAACAGUGCAGAGCAGGGCAAGUAGGUGGGAGAAGAGACACCCCUCCAGGAUCAUGCUCUGACCUUCUCCCUUCCUGUCUCUGCCUUUAGACCAACUGAUCACAGAGCUCAGCUGGUGGGUCAGUCAAUCUGAGGUUUGGAGGGUCUGCCAUUGGACCUCCAGUGUUCAUGGUCAACCUGUCAUCCCUGAUUGGAUGGUGACUGUGUUCUCUGGCUUAUAGUGGGAUCCUUAUUUUAAAAUAGCGGUAGGUAAUGUCCACAAUGAAACAUGUGUCUUGUAAGUGACAACCAAUGCAGUUCUGGCUAAUUUGCAUUCCCACUGUUCACCCCCACCUUUCUUUCUGUUUAUGUCUCUCACUUUGCUAUAUUUGUCCAUCUAGCUGUCUAUGUAUUUCACUGCCUCUGUUCAUUUGCCUAUUUGUAGUGUUUCUAAUUUCCAACGUCAUUCUCUUGUACUCUGUAAUAGCAGUAAGAAACACUUAAUCACCAAUAGUGACAGAUGCAUACCACAUUAGUGUGUGAGCUGCAGACAACCCGUCUGCCAAGAGGCACACAGCUCGCUGCAACUACUACUUUCUCUUUUGCUAUGUUAUGAGUUUUAUGAUGUUCACCAUUAAGCUACUGUCAAAAAGCCUCUGCUUUAUAUUCAGCUGAUUUAUGGUAUACCGGUUGUCACCGCAAGAGAUUCAGAAGGCAAAUGCAACCUUAUAAAUGAUUCCAAGGGGAAUGGAAUAUAAAAAUAGGAAUGUUCCACUACAGUUGUAUGAAAUACCAUCUAAAGUAUCGAAUACAAUAUUGACCUUUUUAUUUAAGAAAAUACCUUAUUGUGCUAAAAUCAGUUCAGAGAACAUGCACUUGGUAGAUUCCUUGGAUAAGGGAGUUAUCCCAUGUGUAAAGGACAAACAGAUGGGACUGUAUUCAUUGGAGUUUAGAAACAUAGAUACGCAGAAAAUAGGUGCAGGAAUAGACCAUUCGGCCCUUUGAGCCUACUCCAUUCAUCAUGAUCAUUGCUGAUCAUUUAAUUUCAGUAUCCCACUCCCGCUUUCUCUCCAUACCCCUUGAUCCCUUUAGCCACAAGGGCCAUGCCCAGCUCCCUCUUGAAUAUAUCUGAUAUAGUGGCCUCAAUAGCUUUCUGUGUGAGAGAAUUCCACAGGUUCACAACUUUCUGAGUGAACAAAUUCUUCCUCAUAUCAGUCCUGAAUGGCUUACCCCUUGUUCUUAGACUGUGACCCCUAGUUCUGGAUUUCCCCAACAUCGGGAACAUUCUUCCUGCAUCUAGCCUGUCCAGUCCCAUCAGGAUUUUAUGUGUUUCUAUGAGACUCUCCCCUCAUUUUGCUAAAUGCCAGUGAGUACAAGCCCAGUCGAUCCAGUCUUUCUUCAUAUGUCAGUCCUGCCAACCCGGGAAUCAGUCUGGAAGAAGUAGAGGUGAUCUUACUGAAACAUGCAGCACCCUGAGGGAACUUGAAAGGGUGACUGCUGAAAGGGUGCUUCCCCCAAUGGGAGAUUCUACAACUAGGAGACACUUUAAAAAAAGGGGUUUUCCAAUUGAAGAAGAAUUUUCUUCCCCUCAGAGAUUUGUGGAUCUGUGGAACUUUCUUCCCAGAGAACGACAGAGGAAUGUCAUUGAAUAUUUUUAAGGCUGAGGGAGAUAGAUUCUUGUUGGGCAUAGAGUUCAAAGAGCAGCCUCAAGUUCUGUGUUCAGAAUCAAUCUUUAUUCGAGCUCUUUACCACAUGUGCGGGAGAGGCAAGAGACCAUUCUGAAUCUUUAUGUGGGCCCCAGUCGCCCUCUUAAUAGCUCAGUUUGGAAGAGAGGUCAAUGACACUCUGAUUUACCCACUGGGAUACAGCAUUUUUAUUCAUUUCAUGUUACUAUAAUUGCAUGCAACAUUGUCAUUGUUCCAUCUUAAUCUACACAUCCAAUCCUGUAAAACUCCUGAUCAAAGAUGGACACCCCUAUGAACAGUACUUGGUUCCCCAUUAUUUCAUGAUGUCUACCAGUCAUUGUAAUCAUCAGGCCUUGGGAUCUUACAAUGCAUCCCAUUAAUUCACAUUCCAAAGGUAAUGGUUAUAUUCCUUUGGGUAUUUCCUAGAAUUGCUUAUCUCUAAGGGCUGCUCGAUCCCUGUUAUUCAUGUUAUUCAUUGCUAUCCCUAUCAAAUUCUGUUACUCAUCUUUCUAUCCCACUGUCCUAACUACAGGAGAUACAAGAGGAAGUUAGUUUUUACUAAUGGCAAUAAGAUUCAUAAUAUUAGUUCUACUAUAAAGUUAGUUAUGUGUAAAGUUUUAUGCUUAUACCUACUGUUAGAAUUCUUUAGCUAAUGAGUUAUGAGCAGUUUCAGUCCCAACCGACCUUGGAGGCUCCGUUAGACACUCCCCCCUAUCUUGCAGCUGCAUUGUAACUCAUUCUAGUCACACACUGUAUUUUUGGAAAAAAAUUACUGCCCCUACUCUGACUAACUCAUUUUACCUAAUGAAGCAUCAUCUUUCUCAUUGAUAACACCAGAACUCAAUCGCUUGCGCAGCUCAAUGAACUUGUCUGAUCUCCUAGAUUUUUACACACCAUAAUCCCAUCCUUAUCAUCUGUGUUACAAAGUUGUGUAGAAUACUCAUGAAUUGGAAGGCAGAAAGCUAGAAUUUGUUUGUAAAAAGAAGUGCGUGGUCCCUUGAAGAGAUGGAGUGCUUUUCUAAGCUUAGAGAUUUACACAGAAAACGGGUCUGUAAACAGCUGCAGAUUACAGACAGUUCUAAAAAUUGAAACAUGUAUCCAUGGGCUGUGUGAUUGGAAACCUUAGGCUUGUUUUGAUGUUUUGGCAACCAGCUGGAAUCAGCCAAUUAAUUUAAACCAAGCACUUAGCGAUUGAAAGCCAAUUGAAUUUAAAUCUGAUGGUUUUGACAACCUCAGACCAAUGCUACUGUAAGAAAAUUGAGAUGUCAUCCAAGAUAUAUAAUAAGGGUUUUUUCUGAAUGUUGGGAUGAGGGCGAACCGCCAUCUGAGAAAUAAACCUAGCUCUCACACAAAAUCAUUUAGCUCUCUUAAAAAAGCCAUCAAAGAUGCCACGACACUUCUAGCUAAGAGUCUUCACAAGGAAAACAUCCCUGACGGCAGAAUCAGCAGGAGAAAGGCAUUUAUUACUUGAGAACAGCAAAAGAAAGGCGUUAAUGACUGGAGAGAGGGCAAAGCAUUCCAGAAGAUAUAUUCUGUGUGAAUUUUGAGCGACUAAGUUUUAAUUCAUUUUUUUCUUACUGCUUGGAUUAUAUAAAUGGGACUUGUAUUUAUUGGAAUAGCGUACCAGCAGAAUUUUUUUCAGUUAGGGAAUAACUAGGAGUCAGAGGGGAAUUGUUCGGUUUGUUAGUAGUUCUGUUAAUUUGUUCGCUGUUGGGGUUAAAUAAAUAAGUUGUUGCUUGUUACUUAUAAAGUGACAAUCAGGAACUUUCUUUCAUUUAACCACCCCGUCUCUGUAACAGUUUAAUAGAUUAGGCCAGAUGAGGCGAGCUUCUCUGAGAGUUUUGGGUUUAAUUAUUAGAAGGGGACCUCUACUCCUGCCAUAACAGAUUGGGGAAUGUGUUUCGAUUUUAAUUAUCAGAGGAGUUCGACCUCCCCUUCCUAACAUCUGUGUCUGUUAUUGUGGGAUCCUACUUUUCCCUUUAAUGCUUGCUAUUUCAGGCUGUCUGUUCUUAGAUAUUUCUUAUCAAACUGUCUCCUACAGACCUGCAGCUGCUGUUGAUGUAGAACUCCCUGUAUAUUAAUUUGCAAGAUCCUUUGUUCAAGGUAGACACUGCCACCUUGAGAUAAUUGCUUCUCAAAGCUAUCAUUGUGUGAACUUAUGACCUCACUUAAAUGCUGGAGCAGGAAAGCUAAUUCUGUUACUGCAGCCAAAUUUAUGCCACUCUGAUCAGGAGCUACCUCAACUGAAAGUAUGCAAAAUUCUCAAUUUACCUGCCUUGUAGACCCAGGUUAACAGAAAGCAUGGACCAAGUUUCUCUACUUAACAAGAAUUACUACUUAUUACAAGUAAAUAAAUGCUGGCUACAAGUGAAGAAUUAUGAACAGUCAGCAUAUAACUCUGCCUGUUAAAACUCUAACUCUUUGACAAAACUCGCCCCCACAUAAUCAUAGGGACAGACACACAAGAGUGUUUUGUCAAAGGGGGAGACUGGAAAGUCAGCUUUUUAAAAAAAAAAUGUUCAUGGGAUGUGUGCAUUGCUAGCAAGGCUAGCAUUUGUUACCAAUCCUGAAGUGGGGGCAGUUGAGACUCAACCAUUUUGCUGUGGGCCUGGAGUUACAUGUAGGCCAGACCAGGGAGUGUGACAAAUUUGCUUCCCAAAGGAAUAUUAAUAAACCAGAUGGUUUCUCUUACAACAGUCAAAAGUGGUUACAUGGCUGCCAUUACAUAAUCCUUUUAUACCAAAGUCUUAAUUGAAUUCAAUAACAAUGCAACUAUGCCACCACCUCCCCCUGAGACGCAGUGGUUAACACUCAUAAAGUCUCUGACUUAUUGGUUAAAAGCCACAGCUUACAGCAGAAGGUA